UUUCCCUAACAAUUUUUAAAUAAAUUUUCUACAAUAAUCAAACAGGGGUCUACGCGACAACCGUUUCUAUUUGAUAAGGGUACCUCACUGAUGCCAAUUUUCGACGUGCAUGUGCGACAACUGCAUCAAGUCCGAACCCUUAAACACUCCAUAUUUACAUGAAAAAUUGUGAUACACUAAGAAAAUAUGGCGAGUAAAAAAGUGGUUAAAUUCUUCGAAAUUUUUAAUAAAACGCACAAAACCAAUUUUCCAAACGUGAUAGUACGUAAAUGCUCAAAUCUGCCUUCGGAUUCUGCCAAAAAAGUGACUCACACUGGUCAGUUGUACGAGGAAGACGAUUAUAGAAAUGUAAGAUUCCUAGGCAGACCAAAAGAAGUCAACGACAAUUGGGCUAUUAAAUUAAUAGAUGAAGUUCCACCCGAACCUACGAAGGAGCGAAUCGUAGCUUGUGACGGUGGUGGUGGACCUUUAGGUCAUCCAAAAGUUUAUAUAAACUUGGAUAAACCGGGAAAUCAUACUUGUGGAUAUUGUGGUUUGCGCUUCGUCAAAGAAGACCAUUGAAUAGCAGAUUAAAACAGUAGUUGCGCUAAACUGCGAAUCUUGUAAAUAGUAUGAAAAGUAUUUAUUGUAAUAAUUGAUAGAAAUACAAUGUUGGAUACUAAUGAAAGUUUUUGUGGAUUUUUAAUGAUCGCUAUUAUUUUGCAAUGUAAUUUUAAA